AUUCAAUUAGUCCGAUGCUAUCGCUCUUAAUUACCUCCGUACGCGAGGAUAAGAACCUCUGCACGCCUCUGGCCAGGAUCAUUCAGCAACGGCCACAUGAAGCCCCGCAAGUCGUCGAGCGAUGGCUUCAUCUACUGCUACGGCAACCUCUACAGGCUGCUCUUCUACUGGGGACUGGUGACCUUCCGGGUGCGCACCCAGAGUGACGGCGGAGCAGCUUCUUCCCCUGUGAGCGUGUUGUAUGCGGUCUGCGUCCGGUGUUUCACCGUCUGCGGCUACCUGGGCAGCGUGCUGAUUAAGCUGGAGGAUGAGCAAAUGGCCGCCGCCAUGAUUGGUCACCUCACUCCCGUGGUCAAGGUGAUCAUCAUGUGGGAGUGCCUCAGCAGCUCGAUUACCUACGUGGAAAACUUCCUCACGCUGGACGUCCAGCGGCGCCGCCACGUCAAGCUGCUGGCCAACAUGCAGGGCUUCGACCUGGACAUUUCCGAGGAGUUUCCCUCCGUGCGCUGGAACUACCAGCGUACUCGCUCCAAGUACUGGUACGGGACUGUGAUUGUGACUAUCUGCUUCUUCUCCUUCUCUCUGUCGCUCAUCCUCAACAUGGCUCGGUGCACCUGCGGCCUUUCGUCCACCCUGCUGAUGGCCGGCACCUACACCCUGCUGACGAGCUCCCUGGGCCUGGUGGGAUUUGUUCACAUUGCCAUCAUGGAUUUCGUGCGGCUGCGCCUGCGCCUCAUCCAGAAGCUGCUCCAUCAAGAGUACGAAGGGAGUACUGGUAGAGAUCGUCCACAAACGACGGUCCAUCGGAGGAUUGCCAAGCUGUUCCAGUUCACCAAGCGGUGCUCCCAUUUGCUGGCAGAGUUGAAUGCCGUGUUUGGGUUCGCGGCUGCCGCCGGGUUCUUCUACGAGUUCAGCCUGAUGACCUGCUUUGUGUACGUGAUCUGCCAGAAGGUUCUGGGGUCCGAGGCCUGGGACCUAGAGUACACAUUCAUGCUGCUCCACGUCACGCUUCACUCCUACAAGCUAAUCAUCACCAGCACCUAUGGCUAUCUGCUUAAGCGGGAGGUGAGUGCUCUGCUGCGAUAACUAAGGGAGAUCAUCCUUGUUGAGGUGGAGGACUUCCAGCAUUGGCGCAUGCACAACAGGCAGGCGGCCCUCAUCGGGAGCAGCAUACAGCUCAGUGUGUCAACCAUUUUCCUGGUGUACAACGGCAUGGCCAACUAUGUGAUUAUCCUGGUGCAACUGCUAUUCCAGCAGCAGCAGAUCAAGGAGCGGCAGAGGGAAUUGGGUAGGGACGUGGACAUUGUGGGGCCAAUGGGUCCCCGCACUCAUUUGGAUUAGCUCCUCGCGUUCGCCUUUAAUGUUCAUUAAUGCAUACAAAAAUUAUUCUUUGGAUAGUUCCUCGUGCUUAUCACAGGACACAAGAUUUUUUCCCAGAAUCAAUGCGUAUACGAUGUAUCCUAACUAAA